AUGGCCACACGUUCUGCAUAUACAUCCCUGGAUGAAUUACGAAUGUGGAAAUUCGUCAUUAAGAAACUGGCAGAGAAUCAGAGUGGGGGUCUUAAGGGAUUGCAAAUGUGGACAGAAUAUUUUAAAAAAUAUGAUGAGUCUCGUUCAGUGUCCAGUUUGUCAUCACAUUUUCGAAAGAAAAUGUGCCCUCAUCUCAUCGAUGCUAGUUUAACAGUGGAUGAGAAGCUGUAUAUUCAUAGAAUCGGAAAUAUCCCUCUAGAUUUAGAAAGAUUCAAGCUGCAAUGUAGAACAAUGGGAAAGAUGGAUAUCUUUGACAAGCAUAUGGAAUUGUUAGAAUCAAACAAGAGCUCUGCACCAGGCAGCGAACGAAAAGAAAAAGUGAAUAUUAGGAGAAGACCUGCUAUUAACAAUGUUGUUAAUGACACUGAUGAAAUCAACAAAGUCAUAUCAACUUGUAAAAACUCGAGUGUGCUCAAAGCACCCAAACUGGAGGAGAAUGGCUCAGAUAAUGAUUCUAUACGUGUCAACGUGAACGAUGAAAACUUGAGUGUGGAUGAUAAUCUGGAAAUGCAUACCUCCUUGAAAAUAUCUGAGUCGAUGAGACAAGAACAAAACGCAGUAGAAGUGCAACAGCCCUCGCAAAACCCUUCGGAGGAAACUAUUCAAGAUGGCCAAGGAUUACAUCUGAGUGAGCCAGCAGAGUCUGAUAAUCCACAACCUGCUGCAGAAUGUGGCAGCACAGAUUUCAACGAAGAACCGGAGCAGCACUUGACUAUUCAAGAAAUCAAAGAUAAAUUGAUUAAAGAAAUGUGUGUUGCAGUCGAUUCGAAACUAGGAGUGUUUGUUUCACUUAAUGUCUUAAUCAGGAAGGAAAUUUUUUACAUUUCCGCUAGUGCGACAUGUAGAAAGGACUUGAUUGAUAAACUUCAUGAGUUCAAAGAGAAGUUCAUGGAAUACAUCAACGAAGUUGCGAACUUUGAAUCAUUUUUCCUCGAAAUAGAGAAAAAAGAUAUUGUGAUGUUUAACCGUACAAAGUUCGAGACCGUCCGAAAAGUCGAAAAUUCGGUAAGUUGGGAUCAUGCUAGAAUUAAUACUGUAGUGAUUCAGAGAAUACCAGAAGUAGAACGAGAUAAAUACUACAGGAAAGCCCAUAUACAUUUAAGAAAAAGUCCCUGCAGCAAACUGUUUCGGAUACAGCAUAGGCUUCAAUGUAUAGAAGCAGUUGCAGCUUCUCUCAGUUCAAUGAAAGAGAACUUCUACUAUUCGAUUAUGGAAGAACUGUUCAGAGAACUUGGACUCAUGUUAUAA